AUGAUGAACUGCGGUCUUGUGAAUGAGAAAAACGAGCUGGUGCCUCUGAAGAGCAUCUCAGUGGAGGUUCGUGUUCAGGAUCAUGUCUCCACAGUCUCCUCCACUCUGCUGUAUGUGAAUGAGGAAGAGCGCCCCCUGGAGGCCUUGUUCGUGUUCCCUCUGCCCGCUGAUGCUGCUGUCUGCCACUUCAGUGCCAAGAUCGGAGAGCAGGAGAUUGUGGCAGAGGUGCAAGAAAGAGAAACCGCGAGGGAUCGGUAUGAUGAUGCUGUGAGUUCGGGUCAGCAGGCGUUUCUGCUGGAAGAGAGCGCAGAGAGUCCUGAUGUGUUCGGACUGAGUGUCGGGUGUCUGUCGCCGGGUCAGAACGCUGCCGUCACCAUCAUCUACGUCACCGAGCUCGAUGUGCAGGCCGACCACUCGCUGCGCUUCUGUCUGCCGGCUGUACUCAACCCCCGAUACACACCAGCAGGUUCAGGAGCUGGUAUAGUCUCAGAGAUUUCAUCAGUAUGUGGAGCUGUUCCCUACACGCUGACACUCAGUGUCCAUGUGAGCUCUCCAAAGCCCAUCUCCAAACUAGAGUCCAACUGCACUCUGGAUCCUCUAGUGUUCCUCCACUCGGAUCACACUCAGGCUAUGGUGAAUCUGAGUCCUGGUCACAUGUUUGAUAAGGAUGUUGAGCUGUUUCUGUACUAUCAGGAGACCCAUCAGCCCUCUGCUAUAGUGGAGGCAGGAGUGGCCACUGCCCCAUCAGGCUCUCUGAUGAGGGACCCAGUGGUCAUGAUAAGUUUGUACCCAGAAUUCCCAGAGAAAGUGAUGUCAUCACUGGCAACUCAAGGAGAGUUUGUUUUCGUGAUGGACAGAUCAGGCAGUAUGCGUCAGAUGAUGCAUCAUGGGAAAGGAGCACAGAGGCGCAUAGAAAGCGCAAGGGACACUCUGCUGUUACUGUUGAAGAGUCUGCCCAUGGGAUGCUACUUCAAUAUCUUUGGAUUUGGCUCUCGUUUUGAGUCCUUCUUCCAUGAGAGUGUCGUGUACAGUCAGGACACAAUGGAUCAGGCUAUGAAGAGUGUGAAGGAAAUGAAAGCAGACCUGGGCGGCACAGAGAUUUUACAGCCUCUAAAACACAUCUACAGUCAGCGCUGUAACCCUGACCAUCCCAGACAGCUGUUCAUCUUCACUGAUGGAGAGGUGGGAAACACUAAAGAGGUGCUGGACCUGGUGAAACAUCAUGUUCACUCUCACAGGUGUUUCUCAUUCGGGAUUGGUGAGGGUGCAAGUAGCGCCCUCAUCACAGGAAUGGCCAGGGAAGGAUCUGGUCACGCUCAGUUCAUCACAGGCACCGACCGCAUGCAGCCCAAAGUGAUGCAGUCCCUCAGGUUUGCGCUGCAGCCCCCUGUGUUUAAUAUCUCUGUGGAUUGGACCCUUCCAGAUGGCAUUACUGUUGACACACUGUCUCAACCCAUCAAAGUGCUCUUCCAGGGUCAAAGGGCACUCAUUUACGCCCAACUUAAAGGAGAGAGUUCAGGAGACUCUGAGGGAACAGUGACAGUCAAAUACAGGCUUAAAGAUCAUCCAGUAAAAAAACAGCUCCACUUCUGCCUCAAACCAACUGAGGAAACUGGGUUGUCCGUCCACCGGCUGGCGGCUCGGACCCGGAUCCGUUCUCUGGAGCAGGAGGAGAGGUCAUGUGAUUCAGAUGUUGAAAGCGUCAGGAGAAAGAUAGUGGAGCUCAGUGUUCAGGCAGGAGUGAGCAGUGUUCAUACAGCCUUCAUUGCCAUUAAUAAAGACAGCAGAGAGACUGUGAAAGGACCCCUGCUGCAGAGAAAAGUGCCGACAUACGGUUAUGUCACUAAAUGUGAAACAAAAAUGGAGCGUCACCUUAUGGUAAGUGAUCAUUGUUUGUCAUUUGCAGAGGUUUGGAAUUUCUUCCUCCGUGGUUCUGAGUCUUCAGCCGCCCCGACUGUUCAGACAAACUCUCAAAGUCAUGCUGCUCCUGAUCCCCAGAAAGACUUGUUACUGAAUGCACAUAUAACUGCAACUACAACUGCAGACCCGUUACUCCAGCUGGUUUCUCUCCAAAAGGCGUCAGGCUGCUGGGAUCUGGACGUCACACUGGCUGAUGCGUUUGGGAAGACGGAGGAGGAGCUGACCAAUCAGAAACCAGCACAGGUGGAGGGGUCAGUAUGGGCCACUCUCCUGGCUCUGAUCUGGUUAUACGGCUGUAAAAUAGACCAGCGGGUCGAGUGGCAGUUUGUGGCCAUGAAGGCGGCGUCAUGGAUCGGCUCUCAGAAAGUGGGCGAUCUGUCCGAGUGUGUGUGUGUGGGUAAUGUCCUGCUCGGAUGUCAGGUGACCAAAGAGACUCUGGGAAUCUGAAGACGUCAGUGUUUCUACUUCCUGUGCUAUAAUACAAACACUAACAAGUUGACAACUAACACUAACUAACAGUAUGACAACUAACAAGUCGACAGCAUAGAUUCAUCAGUGUAAUAGCUUUAAAUAUUAAUGAUACGAUAAAUUCAGGCAAAAUGCAGCAAAAUCAACCAAAAUGAUUUAAAAAUGGCCUUAAUGGAGAUAG